AAAACUAAGGCUUAGCUUAAAUCCUCAUCAUCAUAUCAUACCCCCAAACACUUCCUCGUUCUCUCAAUCUCUCUCUUUCUCAGAUCUUUGUGGCGGCUCUUCUUCAAGAUUGGAUCGGCCUCUCCCCCCCUCUCUCUCUAUCUUGGAAUCGAUCUGAUUCCGUCACGGUCCGCCGGAGUCUCAACCCAAUAGUCGCCAUGGUAGUCGGCGCACAACCACAGCAGCAGCAGCAGCUACAACAGAAACCGCCGCAGCAGCCGGAAACUUCGGCCGAAGAGGAGGCCUUGAAGAGGAACACCGAUUGCGUCUACUUUCUCGCCUCGCCUCUUACCUGCAAAAAGGGAAGUGAAUGCGAAUAUAGACACAGUGAGUAUGCCCGGGUCAACCCCAGGGAUUGCUGGUACUGGUUGAAUGGCAGUUGCUUGAAUUUGAAAUGCGCAUUUCGGCAUCCACCGCUUGAUGGCUUGUUAGGAAGCCCGGCAGCAAAUUCUGCUGGACCUUCCUUGCCUCUAUCACAUCCUGUGGCUACGUCUACAACGCCUGCAAUUCAUGCUGCUUAUAACCCAAGUAAACAAGCAGUCCCCUGUAUUUUCUUCCAAAAGGGGCAAUGUUUAAAGGGUGACAGAUGUGCCUUCUCUCAUGGACCAAAUCCUAUGGCUAGUAGUAAAGUUCUACAGGCACCAGCUGCUGCCCACGGUACUGAGCCUUCAGGUCUUAAGAAGGCCUUCGGUGGCCUUCAAAAGUGCACUCAAGAGUUGAAGGUUCCCAUGGUAAGUGCCAUGAAGUCUGUUGGAUUGCCUCCUGAAGCCAAACCUGCUCCAAAAAUUCCAACUGCUCCAAUUAGAAAUGGAGUUAGCAUUGAGAGGAAUGUAUCAUCAACUAAAGCAUUGGAUGAUGAGGCUCUCAGAUACAAGGCAACAAGUGUUCCGCCUGUUAUCAACGGAGGCUCUACAAGUCAGGCCAAUCAUUUGCUUCAGGCUCAUGUUUCAGACGAUCAUGGUUUUCAAAAUGGGAAGGAUGCUGAUGAGCAUUUGAGGGAGUCUUCUCCUGGAUUUGAUGUUCUUGUAGAUGAUGAGCACGGAGAUUCUGAUUACUACCACGGCGAAGAACGGUUUGGAAGAAGAAGAGGUCAUGAGGGAAGGAACUUGAAUUCUGUGAACGAAUAUGAUUUGGACCGUCCCGUUGAUCACACUUCAAUGGCUGAUGUCGAUCGAGAAAGGUUUUGUGACCCAUAUGAUCCUUAUGAUCGCAUGCAAGGGCAGUACGCAUGGGACCAGCAUAGGGUUUCAUCUGAGAGACAAUUAGUGGGUCCUGCUCGUCUUGAGAGGAGGGGUUAUCACAAAUCUGAGAGUCCGGAGAACAUUGCUGAGUUAGAUCUGCGACAUCGUUUAUCCAAGCAUAGGAGGGUAAACGGUCUGAGAACCAUUGUCAGCCAUGAUUAUGCAGUGGACGGCCAUGUUGAGGAGCGGAACAACCGUCCUCGUAGGGAUUCACAGCAGUUGCCCCCACACGAGGGCUCCUGUAGUAGUCGUCUUCAUGGUAGAAUAAAGAUUCCAGGCGGGUCUUCUCCCGUCAAUGGUAGUGACUUGCGCCAAGAAAGGGAAGUUGACAGAGCUAGAAGUAGAGGCAGAUUGUCACCCGGGAGGCCACAGAUAUCCUCUCAUCAAGGAAGGCUUAGAGACAGAAUAAAAGGAAGGGUAGAAGAGGACUACUCUAAUGAGAGGAGAAAUUUUGGCGCUUCUCGUGUUAGGGGAGAGAUAAUGGAUGAUCGAGGUGAUGACUUUUCUCGUCCAAAGCGUCUUCCAGAGCUGAAAGUUGUGAAAGAUGCAGAUAAGGAGCAAUCUUACCUUGGAAAACGGAAAAGUGUGAUGGAUAAUUAUCAACAAGCGGAAGGUGAUCUGUCAUUUGAAGGGCCAAAGCCUCUCAGUGAAAUUCUCAGGAGGAAGAGAGAAGCUGAAGCAGCAGCUUCUGGAAGCAGGAAAUCAUCUGCCACAAAACGAGGCAAUAAUAAUCAGAGAGAAAGCAGGGAGAGCGAUCCAGGCGACUCCCAGACUGCGGUUACAGAGGUGAAUAACAGUCUGCCCACUGCGGCGAAGGAAGAGCCCAAGUUGGCAACGGCCGAUGCGGUUGGAACUGAAGAUGAGAAAAUUGACGUGGUUCAUGGUCAGUCUUCAGAAGGACAUGAGGCUGAAGAGGGUAUGAUAUAUGAGGAGGAAAACGAAAUCGAAGGUGAAGAUCAGAGAGAAGGAGAGUAUGAUUACGAGCAGGGGGACGAGGGUGACUAUAAUUAUGAAGGUGAAAAUGCAGAGGGCGAAGAGGAAUACCUGGAAGAAGACGAAGACGGGGAUGACUUUGCUAAGAAGAUUGGUGUCGUGUUUUCGUGAUUGGGCAUAGGGGAUGAUGGAAAAGCAACGGAACGAGGAUGACGGCUCUUCCAUAAAUAGUGUGGAGGACCUUCCAAACCUAAUUUAGGUGGUUGGUUCCUGAUUAAGUAAAACCAUGGCUGCUCGGGUUUCUUAGUAGAAUUAGGGAUUAGCAGGCCUUUUUGCCUCUGUUAUGACAAUCGAAACAUUUUCGUUCUACUUAAAAUCUGAUUUAAUGGGAUUUUUUUCACUUUGUGCUUGAGGCAUUUUGCUGUGCUUGUUUGAGUGCAUGACUGUAGCCUGUUAGCCUGCAACA